UGGUUCUCCAAUAUUUCAAUUUCAAUUCUACAAACAUUUUUCAUACAAAUCGACAAGAUGCCGUAUAAACUCACCAUUCGCUAUGCAAAUGAAGUGUUCUUUUAUCAUUAUCUCGAAGAUAUUCAAACCAUAGUGCUAGAUACAUUUGUGGCAAUGGAUGUUUCGGUGACACUCCCGUUGAAAUCAGAUCCACGUGUUCCUUUCGUUCAAUAUACUAUUCUUCACGCAGCAAAAGGCAGAUUGGGCGAGCUUAGGAAUGUUGACCUCGGAGAAGGGAUCUUUACCGAUGUCCAAAGGAUUGAUAAAGUGGCGGAUUAGUUCAUGUCCAAGGGUGCUUUUGAACAUCCUCCAUAGCAUAUCACGUAUGACGGUAUCUCGAUUGAUGAUUCAAGUUCAGUAGUCGAUUUAGAAGAAUGGAUUGGUAUGUCUAGCAUCGAAGGAAUGGAAUGCUAUUCAGUACCGUUUACACAGG